AUGGGGUGUUCAGUCACAAAAACUUAAGAAGAGAAAAAUCUAAAAGCAUCUAAAAAAGAUAAAUUUGAAUAACAUUUGAUAACUCAAAGCCAUAUUUAAUCGCCCCCAAGACUACCCCAAAGCAAAUAAUUUUCGAUUGAGAAAAAUGCAAUAAUCAUAAGAAGAAGAUUAAAGUCUUAGUUAAAGACAAGAACUCGUUCAGAAUUUGAUAAACAAGCUUUUUCUGCUUGA